CGGCCACUCGCUGCAUGUCACGCUAAUACGCUCUUUAAGUCCAGGCUCCAUCUAUUGUUGCAUACGAUAUCUAUGGUUGUUCACAAUAAACAUGACGUCUUAUAUAAUCACAACUUUUGUUCGGAAAACGACCAAAUUUAACAGGGGUAUAAUGUAGUAGUUCCACCGUUGACCACCGCGGGGCAACAAAGAGCUACCGCAGCCUUUGUCGUGCUCCCACCUGGAAACCACGAGAAAGAAACGUUGUUUCCAUGGAGACGCGCCACACAACGAAGCUCGCUACGUCACACUUGCUAGUUUUAGCUUUAGCUCAAGCCACCUCCGUGUCAUUAAGGGACGACGACGACGAGUCGUAAACAGGGAGAGGUCGGUUCAUUUCGCGCCGUAUUUGGCUCGGGAAAGAGACCAAGAAGGAGGGUUUAAAAAAAAAGAAAGAAGGAAAGAAAGAAAAUUAUGACGGGGCUGCCGAGGGACGUCACAAGAUGGCUGCAGAGCCUCGAACUGACCGUUCAGCCAAUGAACGUACGCAGGGAUUUUUCCAGUGGCUACCAUGUGGCCGAGAUGUUUUGCCGUUAUUAUCCCAGGGAUUUCGAAAUGCAUGCCUACAGCAAGGGAACGUCAUUCUCUGCCAAGCAGGACAACUGGAACAAGAUACGUCGGACAGUGCAGAAGUUGCACCUGCACCUGACGGAGAAGCUGGUCUACGGCACCAUGCACUGCAAACCGGGAGUGGCCGAGUUGCUGGUGCAGCAGGUGUACACCGUCCUGACCAAGCAGAGGCCUCGAACAGCUCAAACCCCAGAGUUGGAUUUCUCGGACCAGAAGUACCAGCAGCUCCUCCCCCCGGUGGCUCGCUCCACGGCCACCGCGGCCGUGAAGAGCAACCUGAGGAAGACGGAGAUCAUGGCCCUGCCCGACACCCUCACCAACGCGAGGAGGGCCCAGGCCAUCAUCUGCAAGCAACUGCAGGACAAGACUGCGGCGCGGACGCCGACUGACCGCGCAGGGCGCGCAAACGUGGCCAAGUCAAGACUCAAACAGAUGACCGGGAAACAUCAGAGCCGAGAUGAACAACAUUUGUCUGAGCUGUGCCUCCAGUCACCACUGAGUGGUGCUGUUGUCUCGUACAAGACCAUCAAAGUCAACCAGCCCGCCAGAAGACUUCCCCAAAGCUGUUAAAGCAGAUAUUCAUGCUUUUUUUUUUUUUUUUUUUUA